CACACUGCCUGGCCGGCUGGCCCUUCAAGUUCCCCCGGCCCUCCCGGCCUCACCGGUCACCACCCCUCCCUCUCCCACUGUCCCUCGGUUCGCCCAUGGACUGCGCAGUAAGCCAGCUGCGCAGCUCGGAGCCCUCCUGCGGCGGCGGGUCGUCACCCUCGCCGGCAGCGGCAGCGUGGGCUUUCGUACCGCAGGAGGCCACCGGCGACUCGGAGUGCGACGACGACCUGGCAGCAGCGGCUACCGCCCUCGAUGCUGACGACGGCGACGACGCCGAGUCGUGCAGCGGCGGCGAGGACUACUCCGUCGAGCUCGAUGACAGGAGGCUCGUGUCCUGGGAGUGCUGGAUUGUGGAGAGCGCCAGCGUGGUGGUGGUGGGCGGCGAAGCCGCGUGCCCGGCGCCGACGGAGGAUGUUGCUGCCGCCACCGGCGACGCCGACAGCGACAGGCUCUUCUGGGAGGCUUGCAUUGCUCAUGGCUACUAGCUGGCGAGCCCAACGACCGAUUAAUGCAACGGAAGGCUCAGUUUAAUCGCCCUUCUGUUCUUAACUCUUGCUUGAUUUCGGCAGCACUGAGCAGCAUGUACGCCUCUGCUUUCUGCUUAUUUUUCUUUGUUUCUUGCGGGAACCUGGAUUUCUGAAAUUAUACAAUCGAUCGAUCUGAUAUUCUGUUAGAAGAGUUAUAUCUCGAUCUUUUUGCUUAGUUUUUAUUUAUUUUAUCUAUUUUGAUGUACAAAAGAUGUGCUGUUGAUCCCUCCACUUUCCUCAACUUCACUUCAGCUGACAUGGAGUAGGUAAACUGUACAACUAAGAUAGAUUGAGCAAUACUACUUCUGUGAACAAAUUUGAUGUAACA